UUCUACAUUACACGGAGUCCUGUCAGUCUGGGCUUCCGUCCUGGACUCUUUCACAGUCCACGGUGAUACAUCUUUUUCAUUUAAAAUCAUAUUAUGGCGUCGCACUAGCGACACUAAGAAUUUUGCUUCAGGACUAAAAUGUAGUAGAGACGUCUUUUUAGCGCAUAAUGCGUAAAUUAGUACUUGUACUUUUGUUUGUCGACCAGGCGGAUGGAAAUAUGGGAUGUGUUCGGAGAGCCACAGUCAAGCCAAAUCAAUCUGGCCGAUUUCGGAUGUUGUACUUUAUGGAGCCGGACGAAACCCGCAUCCAGCAGUUGCCCAGCGAGAUCCUGUCCCAAGUACUGCAGAAUCUGGACUCCCUCCACCGUUGCGACAUGCGUACCGUCUGCCGCGCGUGGAGCUAUAUCCUAACCACGUUGGAUAUCAGCACACAGUUGUACUUGGUUUACCACGGCCGGUUCCUCUUAGACGACUCCAUGCCCGACGUCUACCGGAACGCAGCCUGUGCCAGUCAGCUCUGGGGCCGAACCAUCGUGCUGACGGGUCGCCGGUGCCCGGUCCCGUACCGGAAUCCAGUUAGCGUGACCAUUUCUUUUUGAAGUUCUACAGCAAUCCAGAAUCGAGGCACUACCUUCGGCAGAAGCUUGCGCUUGUAUCCGUUCUGUUUUAGUUGCGAAUAUGAAGUUAUGUCGAGUAUUGUAUAAAACUUAAAUUCUUGAUAAAUGUUUCUUAGUUUUAAAAGGUACACCUGGAUUUUUAACGUCAGCAAAACAAUUCAACGACAUGAGUGUGUGAAGUACGGUCCUUCCAUUUGGGACAGAUUCAUUUGAAUGUGCUUU